ACAUCCCUGUGGGUGCUGUCCAACAUCUCAGACAACCCUGAAUAUCUUUGCAGGUACAAAUCAGGGCUUUCCCAUGUAAAUUCUGUAUCACCAAUAAGAUUAAAGACAAUUUUUAGAUAUUGAAAACAAAGAUUAAUUUUACAAAGAUUAACUGAAACCCUUUGACACUUAUUUUACCGUUAGUAAUUGAAUGGGUAAUUGAAUUACUUUCUGGACUCAAUUGGUUAAAGGGGGAAUACAACCUUUAAAGGUUGAGAAUUUUGCAUUUGGUACACUCAUUUAUACAGAAUCUUCUUGUCUUUUAUUUGAUGUACUAUUGAAAUAAAAUUUAGUCAGAUAGAUAGAUAGAUAGAUAGAUAUACAUACAGACAGACUGAUAGAUAGACUAAAUACAUUUUACCAUAUUGUAAUAUAUAUAUAUAUGUACUGUUUUAUUUUGUCUGACUCAUAUUUAUUUCUCCUCAUGUCUGGUAAUGCAGUGGUGCUGUCACUUUAGCAGGUUAUUUUCUUUGUUGUAAAUGUUUGUACAAAUACAAGGUUUAAAUAAAGUUGGGGGAAAAAAAACAGACAACCCGGAACAAAAACAGCGUCGGACCAAUAGAGUUUCAGACACAUGAUCAAUCCAAAACAAACAAUAAAGAAAAGAGAAGAGAGAAUUUCCUUCGAUAAAUGAAUUAUCUCCUCAGCGAAUAAUCAAGAUGGAGGAUAGUUCAAAAGGAGAGCGAACCCGCUUGACUCUCUCUGCUCUGCGCCUCCUGGUCUCUCCGAUUCGGCUGGUCUCAGCAGCUGUCUGGCAGACCAUCCAGAAGAAAGUUGUGGCCAAUUAUGGGAUGCUCGAGGAGUUUGUUUCCACGGUCACAGACAUCGUCCCGGAGCUGCUCACCACCCGGCAGAAGGUCCAACUCACCCUGGGCCUCAGAGCACGUCUGAUCCUGGAGUUAUGUCAGUUUGAAGCCACAGCUGAUUUUGAGGCUGUUUGGCCACACCUGGACAGGAUGCAGAACCAUAUCGAGGCAUGGCUAGUGGAGGCUGGAGCCACUAAUGAGGAAGUGCCAAACUCAGACUUUGUGGAUGUUGUUAAGAACAUACUGAAAGAUCCAGAGAAGAGGGAAGACUUCUUUCAGAAAGUUUUCCCUGAAAAGUUUGGUGCCACAUUUGAUGAAGCACUUCACACCUUGACGUGGCUGCUUCUGUCCCGACUUGAAAAGCUCCUUCCUCUUCAACCGUUCCAACAGGUUGCCUCCAUGUUUGAUGAGGCAUCCCCUGUUCUGGAGGACUGUUUGGAGUCUGCGUCUCAGUACGAGGAGCUCCGAAUUGUGCUGCGGUAUCAAAAAGACCUCAGCCAACUGGAUCACAACGAUGGUUCCCUGGAUGGCGCCUGCAUUACUUCAGCGCUCAAACUUCCCUCUGCAAAAACAACCGAGACACAGAAAAAACAAGCACAAGCCACCAUCUUGGAUUAUGUGCUGUCAGGUACAUCAAAUUUGGAGGAGGAAUGUUUAGCGCCGCCUCAUACAGCACAGUUAAAUACUGACACAUUCACAGAGCAUCACACAAGUAAAAUAAAGACUGACCAAACUAACUGGACUCCUGGGGAAAAUGAAACAGGAGUAGCUUUCGACGAUAUUACAAGACGUGAAGAAAAUGUUGACCACCUUCAAAGUCAAGCGGAUGAUGCAGCUGGAGUAAAACAAUGCUGUGUUCAGCUCGAAAAACCUGAUACGCCGCAAUCUUUGCAGCUUCGACCUGUCAGACGAAACAGAGGCCUGAAGCUGAAAAAGAUUCUGCUGAAAGAGAAAAGAGGACUUUGUGACCCGGCCCUCCCGGUCGGCAAACCUGCUUCUAGAAAAGCAAAAUCACCCAGCAGGGCACCCCAAGGGGUGUCUGACGAUGAUAAUUCAAUCCACUCCUCAUAUAUGGCUCCUAUCACUAACUGCAGUGAAGAUGACUCAUGGUCUUACUACUCAGAUGAGGACUCUUUCCAUAAGACCACUAGUGGAAGUCCCAGUAUUGCUGAUUCAUGGUCGGACUACUUGGAUGAUUCCUCUUCCUUUUCUUCUGUCAAUAGUCCCACUGGAUAUGAUUCAUUUAUUAAUUGCUCAAAUGAGGAACCUGCCACUAUGGGUUCUAAAGUUUUGUCAGCUCCGAGCAGAAGAUCGGGUACAGACGUCAAAGCUAGCACCUCGAAGAAAGUCCAUCAAGUUUACUGCUUUCUCUGCAAGAAGCAUGUAGACACAAGCCUGAGGAGUCACAUGAAAACACACUUUCCUGAGGGCGAUUACGCCUGCCCUCGAUGCGACAGUAGAUUUAAACUCUUCUCAUCUUUUAAGAUGCACGUGCGCAGAACCUGUUAUGAGUAUGGUAAGCAGCAGGUAGAUCCGGAGAACCCGGACGAAGCCGAGAAUCUUUACAAAUGUCACGAAUGCCAAGGGGCCUUCAGGUACAAAGUUUCACUGGACAGACACAGACUAACACACGAUGAGUUGUACUGCAGUGUGUGCAGGAAGGUGUUACGAGACACCGCGGCUUUGGCGAGGCACAAGGUCUCACACACGGCAUUCCAGUGCACCCGGUGUGAGGAGACCUUCACUCUGUUUAUGCCCUUACUCAGGCAUUGUGAAAAUAUCCACAAAAUAAGCAGGCCGUUUAAAUGCAACCGCUGUCCCAAAACUUUACCCAGGCUGCGCUUUUUAAUCCUACACGAGUGGACACAUACGGGGCACCUACCAUUCCAGUGUGCCCAGUGCAGCUGUAGAUUCAAGUCGGACGCAGAUCUCAUUUACCACGAAAGGGUCCACACGAAAGAGAAACCCUUCCUGUGUCCGGAGUGCGGCAAGACUUUCUCCCAGAACUCCAAUCUGCUGCGGCACUUGAAUCUCAUCCACGAUGAGUGUCAAAAGGAGAAGAGACAUGCUUGCUCCCAAUGUGAGAAAUCCUUUAAAGAGAAAGGGGCCCUGAAAAAGCACCAGAGGAGCAAACACUUGAACGAACUAUUCCGUCAUCCCUGUUCGUACUGUGGAAAGAUGGUCUCCACGUCGACACUCGCUCGACAUAAAUUGAUCCACACGGGAGAGAGACCUUUUAAAUGCACCGUGCCUGAAUGUGACAAGUUCUUCAGGUCGACCUCUGAAGUGAAGAAGCAUGUCCUUAUACAACAUACGACAGAGAGACCGUAUAAAUGUGAUGUAUGUGGAAAGGGCUUUAUAAAGAUGUGUUUUCUCAAAGCGCACGCUAAAAUACACUCGGGAGAAAAGCCAUUUGUUUGCCAUAUCUGCGGAAAGGCUUUCCCUAAGCUCUACAGCAUGCAGCGACACAAAAAGCUAAUACAUACAUUUGUACCACAUUAACAAUGCAUGAUAGUUACACUCAGUAAAACAGUGGUAUGCUCAGAGAAUGUAUUUCCAACCAGCAGAAGUUUUCAGACAAAGUUAUGGUGUUUGCACUGGAUGCUAGAUUGAACCAUGUUGGAGCAGAGAAUGCAUUUCUGUGGUGUGAUAAAACUGCACCAAAGGAGUAGUCCACUGUUUUGCACUUUUAUAACCUUGUCAGAUUUAUAAUGGUCAGAUUUAAAACGGUGUGCCGGAUUUAAGAUCAUCUUUCUUAUUGCACACAUGUCUUCCUUUCUAAAACCCAGUAUCUAAAUUACAUACAGUGCAACUUUUUAACCGUUUGGUUUGAGAUGUGUGUAAUUAUGAUAUGGUAAAUGGUUUGUAUUUAUAUAGCACCUUUCUAGUCUUGAUGACCACUCAAAGCACUUUACAGUACAGUUUGCACCCAUUCACACACAUUCAUACAGUGCAU